AUGGGUGACAAACUGGAAUCAUCCGCCAAGCAACCUGCUCAAACAUCUCUCCACCCCGUUUACACGGUCACAGACAUUCAGAAAAAGUUUUUGGAUCACAUCACUACACAACCACCUGCUAAAGAUGACCCUACAUACGAACAGUGGAUGAAGAUUGACGCUAUUGUACUCCAGUGGAUCUACGGUACCCUGUCAGAAGAUUAUCUCCUUCGUGUCCUCGAGGCCGAAUCAACUGCUCUUGAAGCCUGGGAGCGGGUUAAGGCCAUCUUCCUAAACAACAAAGACCCCAGAUGCGCUGCACUCCAACAGAAAUUUAUCAAUCUCAAACUCAGUGCUCUUCCAUCUUUAGACGUCUACUGCCAGACACUCCGGGAUCUGGCAGCCCAGUUGAAUGAUGUCGGCUAUCCCAUCAACGAACAAAGUCUGGUUUUGCAACUGGUCCAUGGGUUACCCAUGGAAUAUGACACAAUUGGCUCUAUUAUUAAUCAGUCUUUGCCAUCUUGGGAAGAAGCCUGCAACAUGCUCCAAUCGGAACUCGAACGACACGCUGCUCGGGAAGGUAACCAUGUCACUCCAUCUGAGGCUUUGGCCGCCGUGUCAUCCACACCGCCGCCUCCUCGCCGAGACAACACCCGCCGUGAUAGCCAACACCGGGCGCCUGGAAACAGACGCAACCCUUCGGGAUGA